UAUCUCAGCCCUCGUUUAAUUUCCUGGCUUUAUUCAGGUGUUUUAUUGCGAUGUUCAGUAAUAGCUAAUAACUUGCUACUUCUGAGACUUCUGAGAUAUGAAUGUUGCCCUUUAGUCCUGAAAGGCCAGUCUGCUGCUGCUUUGCGUCACACUUUUCCAGUUUCAGCCAAUCGGAUGCUGCAGCAGCUCGCGCUUCCGGUCAGCGCUCGCGCGUGUGGAGGACGCAGUAUAACGCUGAACACGGAAUGAUGCUGCGCGCGCCCUGCACAGCCUCUGUGUCUCUCACACCAGUAUCUAUCAGCGACCUUUAGGAAACUAACAGUAAGCUGGAUUUGGAAAAUAUGGGUGAAGAAGACAUGGUGUGCCGACCAGCAGCGCUGAAAUUCACUAUUGAUCACAUCCUUAAUAAGGACUUGGAUGUAAAUCGCCAAAAUUCACACCUCAGUUCAGAGAGCAGCUGUGCAUCAUGUGAAGAUCAGAAAUGUCAUGAAACAGAGCACAGAGGUAACGACGGCUAUGGCCACUCUCUGAGCAUCACGAUGGAUGAAAUAACUGGCAAGUUUCCCAGCAAGUCCAGUACAAACAGCAGAGAUGAUCUGUCUAAGCAUCAACAAAACCACAAGAAGAGCAAACCACUGGCGAAGAAGAAAACCCGCACCAUUUUCUCCAGGAGACAGAUCUUGCAGCUGGAGUCGACUUUCGACCUGAAGCGCUAUCUGAGCAGCGCUGAGCGAGCAUGCCUCGCCAGCUCCUUACAGCUCACUGAGACACAGGUCAAAAUCUGGUUCCAAAACAGAAGGAAUAAACUGAAACGCCAGAUCUCCACAGACUCGGACGGGUCGUACGGAGGAAGUGUUGGGAGGAAUAUUUUGGGAGGAUGUUUGUUGCCGAUGCCUGUUUCACUUCUGUAUCCACAUUACCUGUAUCUCUCUCAUGCCAGCAAAUAUCUCAGCCUUUUCAAUGGAGAUACGUGAUUUCUCAAAGCACAGACUGUUUUUUUGCAUGGAGAAUACGCAAACAUUUGGAGGCACAAUCCUGGACUGGAAGUUAUUUAACUUGUGAUAACAGUUGCACAAAUAAGAUUGAACAGUAAUCGUAUCAUGCCUAUUUUACUAUGCAAGAUAUUAAUAAGGGAAACAUCAAACAAUUCCCUAAUAUGCUUUAUCAUGCAUGUGACAGUCAUACAAUGAAAAAAAAUCACAUCAUUUAAAGACAAAAUACAGCUUUGCUAAAGGACAAUCAAGAUCUUUGCCAAAGGAUCUGCUAUUUUAGAAGUUAGUUUUUAUUAUAAGAAGAACAUAUUGUGGUUUUUUUAAUCAAUAUAAUUAAACUGUAAAUCAUUAGACUACUACAGGCUGCUGACUGCACAGUUUAAAUAUGAGCUAAUGUAAUAACAGAAAUGGAAUUUGGGAGAGUGUUGGAUACCAAUAUUUGGAUUUCAUUAUUUUGUUAAAUAUAUUAUUCUUGAAUAGCUACACUUCUGGCAUUUCUAGACUGGGCAAUAUUUCUAAAUAUAAAAAAUAUCUCUUAGCUCUUAUCUUGGUGCAUUAUUACUCUUAUCUAAUGAAGUGUGUGAAUAAUCUAAGCCUAAGCUAAUGAUAUGGAUAUUAUUAAAAUCUAAAUUGUCAUUAAGCAUUUUAGAAAAUAUUUGGAUUUAUUUGGCUGUAAUCAUACAAAGAAACACAUACAAUUAUCCAUACAGAAUCUAUAAUAACUAAAUACAUUUAUAGCUUUAAAGCAUUUGAGCAGGGGGAAAAAAAUCGUUAUUUGGAGAGCGUCCUCAAAGGCCAUAGCUAGCUUCGUUCUCUGAUUUUUCCAGGUCACUUACUUCUUUUGUGUUCUAGAUUUUCUCUGCUUCCAUCGUUCAGAGAAAAUUAAGUGUCUGGUCCAGCCAAAAUGUGCAUACAGCCUCCAAGAAAAUACUUAGUGUUGAUCAUUUACACCUCAUGCUCAUGUACCUGCUGGCAAAUCUGCUGUGUUCAAAUAAAUAUGCAACGAUACAAAGGCCAAGUGCUAACAAAAACUGAGCCACUUCAAUACUGUAUUUUAUAAUGUAGCUCCCUUAUUCUCAUUAUUAUUAUUAUUAUUAUUAUUAUUAUUAUUAUUAUUAUUAUUAUCAUCCCAUAAUAGCCGACUCUUAUUGUUUUUGAUAAAAACAUUCAGAAAAGAGACUGUUUUCACUAAAGAUUCAUUACAAUUUUAACAAAUAAAAGGACAAUAUCAGAUCAUUAUAGUCUUUUGUCAGUGUUAACCUACACCAUCCUAUAGGUAACUAUAGAUAUAGUUAACCUAUAUCUCUGUUUUGGUUAAUUUUUUAAGCACAAAACUAUUACAUCUAUGUACACUGUCUCAUUUAUAGGCCACUCAAUGGUUUCUGCAAAAGAAGAAUGUAAAAAAUAAAUAAAUAAAAUAAAAUAAAAAUCUAAAUAUUUUAAUAAACCUGAA